AGUGACCUUCGAGGAUGUGGCCGUGUACUUCUCUGAGAACGAAUGGAUCGGCCUGGGCCCUGCUCAGAGGGCCCUGUACAGGGACGUGAUGCUGGAGAAUUAUGGGGCUGUGGCUUCCCUGGCAGCAUUUCCAUUUCCCAAACCGGCUCUGAUUUCCCAGCUGGAGCGAGGGGAAGCACCCUGGUGCUCAGCCCCUCAGGGAGCUCUGGAUGGAGAGAGCCCCAGGGGCAUCUCCUCAGGGUUUCCGUUUCUAACGCUUGCUGGGAUCUUCCAUCUCGAGCAGGCAGAAGAGCUGUUGAACCUGAAACUGCAAGGAGAGCGUCCAAGCCUACUUUGUACAGAGGGUGUGUGGAAGAGUGAGAAAGAAGAUUAUAUUCUGAAGGAGGAAAUUUUUGAGGAAGCACAGAACCUCAUGGUGCUAUCAAGUGGACCCCGGUGGUGUGGCUCCCGGGCCUUGUGGCUUAGGAAAACCUGUGAAGAGGAGAAAAGUAGUUUAGGAAGAUGGCCUGGCUACCCCAGUGAGAGAAGUAUGGAGAAUACUACAAAUGAUAUUAUAGAAGUGAUUGUCAAGGAUGAGAUGAUCUCAGUAGAAGAGAGUUCGGAGAAUACCGAUAGCAAUAAGCACCUUGGUAUACAUCAGAAAAUUCUAAGUGAGCAGGUAUUCUAUAUAUGUGAAGAAUGCGGCAAAUGUUUUGAUCAAAAUGAUGACUUUGAUCAACACCAGAAAACUCAUAGUGGGGAGAAGGUCUAUGGAUGUAAGGAAUGUGGGAAGGCUUUUAGUUUUAGAUCACAUUGCAUUGCACAUCAGAGAAUCCACCAUGGGGUGAAACCCUAUGAAUGUCAAGAAUGUGCCAAAGCCUUCGUUUGGAAGUCAAACCUGAUUCGUCACCAGCGAGUACAUACUGGAGAGGAACCCUUUGAAUGUAAGGAAUGUGGGAAGGGCUUUAGUCAGAACACAAGCCUUACACAACAUCAGCGAAUCCACACAGGGGAGAAACCAUACACAUGCAAGGAAUGUGGGAAAAGCUUUACUCGAAACCCAGCCCUUCUUCGGCAUCAAAGAAUCCACACUGGAGAGAAGCCUUAUGAAUGUAAGGACUGUGGAAAAGGCUUCAUGUGGAACUCAGAUCUUGCUCAGCACCAGAGGGUCCACACUGGGGAGAAGCCUCAUGAAUGUUCUGACUGUGGGAAAAACUUCAUUUGCAAGGCACACCUUAUUCGACAUCAAAGAAUCCAUACUGGGGAAAGACCUUAUAAAUGUAAUGACUGUGGGAAGGCCUUCGGUCAGAAUUCUGUCUUGAUUAAGCACCAGAGGCGUCAUGCCAGAGAGAAACCCUAUUAAGUGCCAGACCACUCACCUUGAACAUUAGGGAGUACAUAAUGGUGGUACUUGUUUAUAAUUCUUAUGCUACUGGAGCCCCACAGACAAAAUGAGAUGACCUUCCGCCAUUUGCUAUAACCCUACUAGCCAGCAUUAUCUUGCCCUUUCUCCUGAACAGAUACCAUGUGCUGUAGCCAGACUAGUUCCCCUGUCCCACUGAGUUUAUACUAGGCACCAUUUAGUUGAGCACCUACUCUAUGUCAGGUACUGUGCUAACCACUUUACAUACAUUCUUUAAUUUUCAUAACAGUCCUAUUAAGGACUCAUUUUACAAAUGAGAAACUGAGGUUGAAAGAGAUUCUAAAACCCAUUCGAUGUUGCUCAUCUAGUAAGUUAUUGAGAUUGGAGCUAGGCCUGACUGCAGUCUACAGUUCUUUAUUUAAUUGUACGUAUUUAUGCCUCUCCCCAUUUUUAUUUGCUUAAGUUUUCCUGGGCUUUUAGUUUCUCUUCAUCAUCUAAGACCCAGCUCCUUCAGCUAAGCAGACCUCUUUUCCUCUUCUACUUGUAGUCAGUACCAUGCAAAUUAGUGUUUAAUUAUGUGCUGACUUAUAUUUUUCUACUAGUCUUAUGUCUCUUAGUCUUAAUGCCAGCUAAAUGGCUCUUUGAGGACCAACACUGCAUUUCUUUUAUGUUUUUCAUAUUUUGAAACUUACUUAGUUUUUGACUAGAUAUAACGUGCUCAUGGUAAAAAAAGAAAAUGGAAAUAAUUCAAAAUGGUAUUCAGUGAAAAGUAAAUUUCCUCGUCAUUCUUGUCUCCCAAAUGUCCCAGUUCUCUCCCCAGGCAAUCACUGUUACUGGUUAUGUAUUUUUCUAGAGGUGUUCUUUCUCUAUACACAAAUAUUUAUUGCUACUGCUUUCUAUAAAUCUACCUCACUGAAAACCUGAUUUGAUCUAGGUCACAUUGCAGUUACAUUGCCAACUCUAGGACCUUCCCUUCCUUAGAAGUUGUGGGCCUCCUCAAGGUGAGAAGGGAACUUAGGGAAAGCAGCAGAGAGUAGUCCA